UCCAUUUCACAUGUGGGAGACCUAAGAGAAUAUGAAAAACAUUCUUGUGCUUUGUUCUACCUGCGGUUGGGGUAUCUCAAGACUUUCCAUGCCUUCCCACUAGCCUAACCGUUAUACACACACACACACACACCCUGUGGAGUUGUUUCUGCCCUCUAUAGUCACAACGAGGAAUUUACACUAAUGUUCCUGUAACUGCAAUUUAAAGAGUAACUGCAGUAAAUUCAGUAUGCUAGUCAAUGUCCCUGUAGAACAACAACACGUAUUUCAUUAUGAAAUAUGCACUUUAAACAGCUGUCCUAACUGUGUAUGAGCAGGCAAUGGUGAGGGCAGGAGUCCAGGUCACAGAAAAGAAAGAAGUUCUGGCAAUGGAAAAUGAGGGAGAUGCCCACAUUGUCUGGAGAGAGUCCCAGAUGGACAUCGCUUCAUCUGACGUCCUGAGCUGUGAGGAGACGGCCGACGCUGCAGUACCACGGCCUCUGUCGGUCAGGCGGCUGGUGGUGCGUCGUGGCCUGACCGUGCUCUUCAUGGUGCUCAUCCUCGCAGCGGGGAUACUCACCCACCAAAUGCUUCUCAAACACAAAUGACCGACACUAUACUGCUGGCUGUCUCACAGCUGUGUGGUUUGGGUUGAGUGCUACAUCACAUAGUAAUAUGCAGAGGUGGAAUGUAACCGAAUAGGCCUACAUUUACUCAAGUGCUGUACUUAGUACAAUUUUGACAUAGCCUACUUGUAUUUCACUUGAGUUUUUUUCAUUUCCUGCUACUUUCUGCUCUUAUACAUUUGAGAGGCAGAUAUUUACCUUUGUCUUUACUAUAUUUAUUUGACACUUAGAGUUAGUAGUUACUAUACUACUAAUCUACCCAGUAGUAUACAGAAUAUAUAAAAUUGGAUCCACAUAAUACUUUGAAAGGAGCCAUUAUGUAGAAUGAGACAUUUUACUUUUACUACUUUAAUUACAAUUUGCUACUAAUACUUUUUUCCUUACAUUUUAAAUUAGGACUUUUGUAAUUGAGUAUUUUAGGCUAAGGUAUUUCUACUUUUACUUAAGUUGAAGGUGCUGUA